AUGUGCCUCGCGCCCUCGGAAUCCCGCACAACGAACAACUUUUCCGACAACAUUGCACAUCACGAUGUCGAUUGUCGGUGUAGCAUUUCGUCCAAUCACAGCCGUCGCACACACAUCUUGUACCUGGGUCUCCAAAUCGCCGCAAUCGAUGCUUCUCAGAGACUUGCCUCAUUAGGCAGUUUGAAGGCAGUGGACCUGCGGCUCGAGCAGUUUGCGGCCUUUGAUUUCGGAAAAAUCCUCGUGGCAACUCGCUUCGCUGAUUCUGGCCACAGCAUUCCCGUUGUGUACAGCGGAAAAUACCAUUCGGCAGCGGCCCUUGUCAUGUGCACUGCAAGCAAUGAAGAUCUAGGAACCACCUUUCGGUAUGAUCCGAAAUUGUCAGGAAUGCAAUUAUUUGUCCAGACGGAGGUGCGCUCCGGUCGAGACCUGAUGGUCUACCAAAACCUCAGUACCAAACUCUGCCUGGCUGUCAAAGCUCUUCUUAAGCUGCUCGUGCUAGCGAACCGUCUUCUACGCGCAUCUUGGACCUCCAACAAGAUCGCCGCGAGCGAACAUGCGUUCCGCAUGUCGACAUGGCAGAUUCGCAGAGCCCAGCCCCUGAGAUUAGCGAAGAUCAACCGUGGUCGGAUGGGUUGA